AUGAAAACAAUCGAUUUCGUUACACCUACUGAACAAUUUUACUCACUUCACCACUCUCACAAACAAGCUUCUAGGUUAACAUUCUUCCGAACAAAACUGAAUUGUACUGUUGGAACUGUUUUCGGAACUUCUGGUUUGAAUAAUGGUUCCAACGGUGUUAUAGAAUCAUUAUCCCAUAAUCAUGGUUCCAACGGUGUUAUAGAAUCAUUAUCCCAUAAUAAUGGUUCAAGAAAUCUAGAGGAGUUAGAGAACAUUAAUCGUCUCCGAAAAUUGGUUAGAAUCGGCGAAUUAGAACAGGGUUUAAGCUUUCUAGAGAGUGUUAGUUACAAAGGAGACAUUCCGGAUGUCUCUGCGUGCACGAGCCUUAUUCGUCAGUUUUGCAAGGCAGGAAAAGUUAGGAAAGCUACACGGGUUAUGAAAAUUCUAGAGGAUUCUGGUGCGGUUCCUGAUACUUUAACCUACAAUGUUUUCAUUAGCGGUUUAUGUAAAUUGGGGGAGGUAGAGAAAGCUUUGGAGUUUCUAGAACGGAUGAGUGUUUCGCUUGAUGUGUUUGCGUACAAUACCAUUUUGCGUAGUUUGUGUGAUCGUGGUAAGUUGAAGCAAGCUAUGGAAGUUUAUGAUAGGCAAGCGCGAAGGGGGCGUUAUCCGGAUGUGUUUACGUACACUAUGUUGAUAGAAGUGACUUGUAAAGAGAGUGGAGUUCGUGAAGCGAUGAAGUUAUUUGAUGAGAUGAGGGUUAAAGGAUGUAAACCAGAUGUGAUUACUUGCAAUGUUCUUAUCAAUGGUAUUUGCAAGAAAGGUAGGUUGGAUGAAGCGAUUGGGCUUUUGAAUAACAUGUCGUCUUAUGGUUGUGAACCGGAUGCGGUUACGUAUAAUAUUGUUUUGCGUAGAUUGUGUGGUACUAAAAGGUGGAGGGAUGCGGAGAGUUUAUUGGAUGAAAUGCUUCGUAAGGGUUGUUCUCCUAGUGUUGUUACUUUCAAUAUCUUGAUUAACUUUUUGUGUCGACAAGGGUUGCUCGAUCGGGCCAUGGAUAUCUUGGAGAAGAUGCCAAACCAUGGUUGUACUCCUGAUUCCUUGAGUUACAAUCCAUUGCUUCAUGCGUUUUGUCUAGAAAAAAAGACCGAUAGAGCAAUUGAGUAUUUGGAACUAAUGGUGUCUAGGGGUUGUUACCCGGAUAUUGUGAACUAUAAUACUUUGCUUUUGGCUUUAUGCAAAGACGGGAAGGUGGAUGUUGCGGUUGAGUUGUUGAAUCAAAUGAGUAGCAAAGGGUGCUCUCCGGUUGUAAUGACUUAUAAUGCAGUUAUUAAGGGGCUUUCAAAGACGGGGGCAACAGAGCGUGCUGUGAAACUCUUGGACGAGAUGUGUCGGAAAGGUCUUAAACCCAAUGCAUUUACAUACUCUCUGCUGAUUAAGGGAUUUAUUUGCGAGGGAAAGGUUGAUGGUGCUAUCAAAAUUUUUCAUGACUCGGAGAGAUUGGGUAUUUGGGCCAAUGCUGUCACUUACAACUUGAUCAUGUUAGGACUUUGUAAGGCACGUCAAACUAGCCGUGCUAUCGAUCUUCUGACUCAUAUGAUAGCAAAAGGAUGCAGACCUACGGAAGAUACGUAUACCAUUCUUAUCGAAGGCAUUGCUAAUGAAGGAUUAGAGGAGGAAGCUUUGGGGUUAUUCAAUGAGUUGUGCGCCAGAGGAUUUUUGAAGAAAAGUUCUGCAAAAAAGGGAACUGGACUCGAAUUAAAAGAAAAGACGGAGCACAAUGAGUUAUAUCUUGAACAAGAAGGCUUGUCUCCAGCCGGCGUAAACCAAGCAGAGGAUCUGCUUCCCUAG